GAGAACAUGCCCCUCAAAGAAGUAUUUGAACAUCUCAAAUGUACAAAAGAGGGUCUGAGUACCGAUGCAGUUCAAGAACGGUUGGAACUGUUUGGAUACAACAAACUUGAAGAGAAAAAGGAAAGUAAAAUAUUGAAGUUUUUGGGCUUUAUGUGGAAUCCUCUGUCAUGGGUCAUGGAAGCAGCAGCUUUAAUGGCCAUUGCUCUUGCACAUGGAGGGCACAAGGGCACAGAUUAUCAUGACUUCUUUAGCAUCUUGAUCCUGCUCAUUAUCAACUCUACCAUCAGUUUUAUUGAGGAAAAUAAUGCUGGCAAUGCGGCUGCUGCUCUUAUGGCUCGAUUAGCUCCAAAAGCCAAGGUCCUGCGUGACGGGAAGUGGAGUGAGGAAGAUGCUUCAGUGUUAGUUCCUGGUGACAUAGUAAGCAUCAAACUUGGGGACAUUGUACCUGCUGAUGCACGCCUUCUUGAAGGAGAUCCUCUAAAAAUUGAUCAGAGAUUUGCUUUCGGUGCUAGGAGGAAUCGAUAUCUGCUUGAAGAUUGAUGAGGAUCAGAGGUCUAAUAUGUCCAUACAACAUAUUUUCUUUCACAUAAAAUUUGUUGCUCUCUCUCUCUCUCUAGCUUUUGUGGUCAAGAUUUGCAUUAAAUCAUUGGCCUAGCUGUUUCUAUACAUGUGUAGCAAACUCAAAUGUUUUGGAGACUGUCUCUACAAUGCCUUACAAUUAUUUGCUUAUUAUUGUGCUAACCAAGAUUGUAGAAAAUUGAUGUAGAAGUUCUGUUGAAAUUUUAUUUUUCUGCUUGUCGUGUUGAAUUUGUUA